CAUAUAUCAUUUCCCCCGUCCCCGGCCACAUUGAUUGAAUCUGAAGGCAUGGCUGAUCACCUUUCCUCCGUAAACCCUCGUCCUCGCAUCCUCAUCGUCUCCAGGCGAACCCUUCGCAAAAAUAAGUUCGUAGAUUUUGUGGGUGAAUAUCAUCUCGAUCUAAUUGUACAGAAUGGGGCAGUCCCAGUAAUUGUUCCCAGAGUGUCGGGAAUGGAAAAGUUGCUUCACAGCUUUGAACCCAUACAUGGCGUUCUACUCUGCGAAGGAGAGGACAUUGAUCCCUCAUUUUAUGACACUUCUUCUACUCUUUCGCGACAAGAAUUAGAACAAAUCAGGAACUUGCACGCCAGUGAUACCACCGUAGACAGGGAGAAAGACCUUAUCGAAUUUGAACUAGUGAAGCUUUGUCUCCAAAGGAACAUACCCUACUUGGGAAUCUGCAGAGGGUCACAGCUCCUAAACGUUGCAUGCGGGGGUACCCUUUACCAGGACAUAGAGGCAGAACUCCCUAAGGAAUGUCCCAACCAAGGUCGCCUCGUGGCUCACAUUAACUAUGAUAACUACGAUGGCCAUCGCCAUGCAAUUAAGUUGGUGAAGGACACCCCUUUGUAUUGUUGGUUCAAGGAUUCUUUGGCUGAAGAGGGCGUCGAAGAGAUCUUGGUUAAUAGCUAUCACCAUCAGGGGGUGAAGGAAUUAGCCCGUCGCUUUGUUCCCAUGGCUUUUGCUCCGGACGGGCUGGUUGAGGGGUUUUAUGGUGCAAAUUCUUAUGAUCCCAAUGAGGGUAGGUUUUUUAUGGGACUUCAAUUCCAUCCUGAGAGGAUGAGAAAGCCAGAUUCCGAGGAGUUUGACUAUCCGGGCUGUCCACGUGCUUACCAGGAAUUUGUGCGAGCAGUAAUUGCUUACCAGAAGAAGGUUGUCAUCUCAGAAUGUGUGCCUAAAUCUCCAAGGCUUGCCCUGGAAUUGAAGGAGAGUAAGAGCAGGAUCAUUGCCGGAAGUAACAGCUCAUCUGUCACUCCCGUUUUGCAUCCAUGGAAAGAAGGCGAGCUCGAGGCUGGAGCAGGAUUUUUGGAGCUCUGCAGCAAAGGUUGGAUUAGUCCACAGCAGCAAGUAGAGAACGGCAGUGCAAUAAUGGCGAUGCAAAUGGGAGGAACAGCUCUGAGGGAUGCAUCGUUUAACAUGGGAAUCAGUGGCGGGCGGGAAAAGAUGGCAAAACAUGCGAUUGGGAGGUUGUCAGUGGAGCAGUUAUCUGAUCUCAUGUCUCUCUACCACUGGAUGGGGCAAGCAUGCUCUGAAGUACUUUUACACCGAAAGCUGCAGCUUUCUCAGCCCAAGGCAUUAUAAACCAUUGUCUUCAGAUUGUCUCACGCAUUCCACCUUGCUUGUAAUGAGCUGCUGUGCUAGCUUGUUCAAUUACCCUGUCAUUUUUGUUUGCCUCUGCUUAUUGGUCUGAAAUUAGAAGCAGGCCGAUGAGGCGUGUGUUAAAUAAAUGAAUAUUCAUUUAUGAACGUUCAAUAGAUGAAUGUUCUUGCCCAGUUGUUAACGGAAGUCCUACAAUCCGUGUUAAAUUUGAAUAAAGGAAUUUUCUGUAUAUUAUUCAA